AUGCGGAAGCACUGCGCUCGCAUCUUGACGCGCAACUUCGUGGUACCGUUCCUGCUCGGUCUCAAGUUCAACCUGGCUACGCUUCUCCCGCUUAUCUUCGGUGGCCUAAUCCUCCUCAGCAAAAAAGCUCUCAUCUUGGGCAAAAUCGCCCUGUUCGUAUCGGGCCUGUUCGGCUACGGUAGCAUUUUUACGCCCGGAAUCGGUUACGGUCUGGGGUAUCCCUCGACGUUCGGCGGCGGUGGACUUGGAGGGUACGGUGGCGGAUUCCACCACAAACCGUUCCGAUAUAGCGAUGCGUUGAGUGAUAAACCGGACUGGGAAAGCCAUCAGCAGCACCACCAUCAUCAUCAUAAACCACAAAGUGAUUCAUUGCAUCAGAGCUAUUACGGCGGGGGCUCGUCAUCUUCGUCGUCAUCGUCGUCGCCAUCGGUGUUAACGCAAGCGGAUGAUGUAGGUGGAGUGAGUGGAGGUUACUAUAAGAAGCAGGACAAGUUCUUGAACUUGGACGAGAGGCUGGAGGCGCAGUCGUCGACGCUGGUGGACAAGUUCUACGACUAUGAGAAGCAGCAGAUGAUGAAGGAUAGAAAUUCUAGGCUGUUUGAGAGAAAGUACUACGAAGCGGAACAGGCAAAGGAGAAGGACGCUGGCAAUGGCAAAGGAAAGGGUACGAAAGGAGAUGGAUACACUUUUGUCACUGUGGAUAACGAGGAGAGGAACGAACGUUCACUGCCAAUGUCAAGCGGAUACAGGAGCUUUGCUUGGAGUGAAAGCCUCAAUGCCUUCUGCAUCUUUCUUGUUCAAUACGGGGCCCCCAAUAGUAGGUACCUACGCUACAACAACUCAUUUGUUUACAUUUUUCCCAUUUCUCCCUUUACCGCGAUUGCGAUGGUUUUCAUGCGUCUCGACAACAGCGUCGUCGCCACCGCCGCGCCGGCCCGAUGCAAUGAUGAUCAUGUGCGAUUCGGUUGCGCAAAACAUGCCUUCUUCACCAUGAAGUGGCUGCUCGUGAUUUCGGUUCUCGCCGUGGCAAGCUCGGUUCGGGUGACGUAUUCGAUGGCCGUUGAUAGCUCCGGAGAAGAAGUGCUGAAUAGAACAAGUUCGGUUUCGAGUUCUGCGGUUGAAAUUGUGUCCAGCUUUCGAAACUGUUUGGCCGAUAUUGGCUUUGUGGACUGUGCGAAGAACGUUCUAGUGCGAGUUCUGAACAAUGCCAUCAACAGCAACGCUGUAGUGAGAGUGACCCGUUAUCUAGUGAUCAGGAAGAAUCCGGACUUUGCUCUGACGGAAGCAGAGGAACGUACUCCGGUAGAUUGGCAUACGAUUAUAAUGAAGAUCCGGGACUUUCUUGAUUCUCGAUCAAUCCAGUUAAGUCUAGUGGCCCCGGAUGGGCGAUCCUUGAUUCCGUUCGGUGCAGAAGCACGGGGCAAGAAGCAUAAGCAUAAACACCAAGGCGGAAUGUAUAUGAUGGGUGGAGUGGCCUUUAUGGCGAUGAUGGCUCAGCUGGUUCUGGGGAAGGUGGCCCUCCUGGCGGCAGUGGCGCUGAUCAUGGCCAAGAUUGCAUUGGUGUUCUCGACGCUGGUAAAUAACCUUGGUUAUCUUUAUGGUUCGAUAAAAUCGUCGCAAAGUCACCGCUGGUGGUAAGCUAGGGGAAGUGCGAACAGAAUCAAUGACGAGUGCUCUUUGGAACUUUCUUUGCAGAAUGGGUUCAAGAAGGCGGCUGCCGCCAGUGGAGGAGGAGAACAUGUGGUUUAUGAACACUCCGGUCACGGAUCAGGCGGAGUAGGAGGAAGCGGCUGGCAGCGAAGUAUUGAACCAAAGCGGCAGACGGGUGGGACGGCCGGUGGUGGAGGACAGUGGGAAGAUGACGAGAGUGUUCCGUACAGGAGAAGACGACCAGAUUACGACUAC